GGACGGUGGUGAUGCCCAUAGCGCAGGAGUUCUCCCCUGACAUGGUGCUGGUGUCGUCUGGGUUUGACGCUGCUGAAGGGCACCCUGCACCCCUGGGAGGGUAUCUGGUCACACCCCGAUGUUUUGGGUUCCUGACCCGUCAGCUGAUGGGGCUGGCUGGGGGUCGGGUGGUGCUGGCCCUGGAGGGGGGUCACGACCUCACCGCCAUCUGUGACGCCUCCGAGGCCUGCGUCAGCGCCCUGCUGGGGGUGGAGGAGCCUCUGUCAGAGGAAGUGUUACUCCAGAAGCCCAGUCCUAAUGGAGUCUGCUCACUCCAGAGAGUCCUACAGAUCCACGGUCAGUACUGGCCGUGUCUGCGGGCCUACAGCAGCAGCGUGGCUCUGUCCUUCCUGGGGGCUCAGAGGACAGAGUGUGAGGAGACUGAUGCUGUCAACGCCCUGGCCUCUCUGUCUGUAGGGGUCCUCACCAGCAAGAGCCUGUCUGACGAGCCAAUGGAGCACGAGGAGGACACCAUGUAGAAUAUACUGACCAAUCACCGCACAGACCUCACAUUCACAAAGUCCUUAUCCACCAAUAGCCUUGCAGCUCCUGUGCUGUCACAUGACUACAGAGAGGGAGGAGCUCUGCCUUAAAAACCCUCAGUAUACACACAGACACACCACAUACUCACACUGUGCCUCAGAGAAGGUUCUACAGUACAACACACACACACCACAUACUCACACUGUGCCUCAGAGAAGGUUCUACAGUACAACACACACACACACCACAUACUCACACUGUGCCUCAGAGAAGGUUCUACAGUACAACACACACACACCACA